UUUCACUCUCGUCUCUCCGUCAGCGUCUCAUCCAUAGACUGAUCCUCCGGGAUCUCUUCAUUUUGACCUUGUGGACUUGAAGUAUGCAACAUGCCUGUUGAAGAGGCUCGUGAGACCCGCGACGAUGCCAAUGCGACCGCAGGAGACUUUCCGCCUCGCCGGAACCGAAGCUCUGUUCCAUCAUUCCUUUUUGUCAGCUUCCUGCUGUUCAUGCUCACCAACAACCGGGGAGAGGAGAUAGAUGCUCGAUUUCACUACCUCAAGGCACUGUCAUCUCUGAACAAUCAAGUGUCUAACUAUUCGGCGUGGCUGAACGGUACUACUACCACCUUCGUCUUGUAUGAGCAGGACGGAGCCACAAUACCUCUAGUGGACGCCUUCGUGUCUCUCGGAACUAGACCUGAUCCUGAGACUGCUUCAUACUAUACCAAUCUGACUGGGUUUUGGCAUGGCGAAGUCCAUCUGCAUAAUCUUACAUCAACGGAAGCUGGGAAUAUCACCUUGCCUGCAUGGAGCAAGCUGGCGGACGACUUUGUAUCCCGCACCAAUCUCACAGCGCUGCCUGAGCUAUUGGGCUCGUGGGAUUGGUCAACGUCGGAGAAGUUAUCCAUCAGCGUGGGCGACAAAGCAGUGUUAUCUCCUGCGACUGGGAGCGCAGUCUCAGAUGACAUAUCCGCGAUUCAUGGCAAGAUUGAACUGACCAAUCCAAACUCAUCCGAGGAGCUGAGGCUAGACUUCGAUGGGGUGCAUUUCAUAUCCAAUGGAUCAAUCUAUGCCUUUGCGGAACCUUCUGGGAAAGCUAUCGAUAUUCGCAUGGUACCGUCCCUGGUUCCUGUCUCUCUCCUGAAUGAAACCGCCCAUGUCGUUGAAACGGAGCUAAUUGCGCGAGUGGCAAGGUUAAAAGAGAAGAUAGAGGCAGGAUCUAUUGAUCAAGACAACAUAAGCAAUGAAGAAAACUCCAUGAAGACGCGUUGUUCUUUCCAGCUUUAUGCGCAGUUGGUACACAGCGAAGUACCUGAGCUUCGGAUGAAGGAACUCGAGCGCGAGAUUGAGAAGCCGACGGGCAUAUCAACUAUCAAACCUCCUGAGCUUAGGCUUGAUGGUGUCCUGAUCAGCCAAGACUGUGGCAUUGUGUACGAGAUUAAGGAUACGAUUGGGUUGAAAUCUCCGCAGCUGUAUCGGAAGAUCACCACAUAUGCUGGUCUCGCGACUAUCGUCUAUAUCUCACUCUUAGUUCUUCUCCAACGUGAGGUCGUACGAGCCAGUUCCACGGCGGUCCUUUCCCGCCUCUCUCGCUAUGUCUUCCUCUCUCAAAGUCUCAUCGAUGCCAUUUCAUUUGUUGGGCAUAUAACAUUGGCAAUCCUUGCAGAUGGCAGGCCUUCGCUUGCCGUUCUCGCACCAGCUGGGCUGGCGUGCAUGUUAUUCAUCCAGGAAGCGCAAUUCGCUGUAUUGAUCGGCCAGAUACAAGCGCCAGAGGACGUCACGCCAUCUCCUCCGCGUCCCUCUCCCAGCCCAAGCCCCGUUCCAGCGGCGACUGCUGUCCCCCCUGCUACCCCAAUGUCGGAUUCUCGAGCGGAAACUCCGACUCCUGAUGUCACAGCAACGUACCCUCCCCCAGCUGCACAACCUGCAGCGCAAGCGCAAACCACUGCCGCUGUGCCAUCGCCUACAGCUACUGUCACAGCUGAGCAGCCUUCAUUCCUUCGCUUCCUUUGGCAGCACAUUAGGUCGGAUCCUUCGGCGAGACUCUGGAUGACCAUAUCACUCUUCCUGAUAUUCGUCUUCCGUAUCGUCAUCAUUCUAUCUUUGCCCCUGUUCUUCGUGGGCUCGUUGUACUCGUUCAUCUGGAUGGGGCAGAUAUACCGGUCAGCCAGAAGAGGUAGAAGCAGUGGUCUUUCCGCCGAAUAUCUGAUUGGAGCGACGUUGUGCAGGUUGUACUUCGCACUUUACUUCCUCGGUUGUCCGAACAAUAUAUUGGAUGUAGAACCUCGAAAGUGGAUCUACGCCGUCGCCGCGACUAUGCUUUUCCAGAUCCUUGUCAUCUGGCUUCAGGAUCAUGUUGGCCCGACGUUCUUCCUGGGCAACCGUAUGGUCGCGACCAAGAUGUACGAUUACCACCCACCUCUCCCGCUCCCUGACCCCGAGGCGCCAGAGCAGACGCUCGGCGACUGCGCCAUCUGCAUGGACGCCAUCGAGAUUGAUCCAGCGCUGCGGAGACGCUCGAAGUCCAGCGAUGGGAAGGAGAGAGGGGACCUGCUCGGAUUGGCCACGGGUGCCCAUCGUUCGGGUGGGAUACUUGGAGCUGUGGGUGCGUCGGGCUCUGGGAGGAACUACAGCCUCGCGCCGUGUCAUCAUCUUUUCCACACUGCUUGUCUUGAGAGGUGGUUGGCAAUCAAGAAUAUCUGUCCUCAAUGCCGGCGACCCCUGCCGCCACUAUGAUUCGUGGCAGAGCUGUAUGAUUAGGGAUUCCGUUACAUUAUUUAUGUUAUAGAAUCAUGGAGCAUAAUCUGAUUCUGCGAAGGCUCUCGAGAUGAUUCCUGGGCCGCUGCCGGAAGCUUGAGUCUUCAAAGGUUAAAUUGUGAUCGUU